AUGGAGAGAAUGAUGGGUUUGCUCCUCGCCGCAGCCUUCUCCGCUGCCUUGUUCACGCGUACGGCGGGGGCGUCCACCGUCGUUACGGCGAUCUACGCGUUCGGGGAUUCCUCGACGGACGUGGGGAACAAUAAUUUCUUGCCGGGGAAUCAGGCAAAGGCAAACUUCCCUCCCAACGGGAUUGACUUUCCCCGCAGCAGGCCGACGGGGAGGUUCACCAAUGGCUACAACUGGGUGGACUUCGUGGGUAGGCCUCCCUCCCUCUUCGAUAUCUUCGACGUGGCUCCGUGGAGACCUGUGGAGCAGCAGAACCUAGAAUUGGGGUUCGCUUUAUUUGUGCAGCAAAGAAGCUGAAGUUUAAGAAGAGCCCCCCGGCGUACCUCUCCGUCUCCAACGAUGCGCAGGCGUAUCGCAGCGUGAAUUUUGCCUCCGGGGGGUCGGGUAUCUUCGACGCUGCCGUAAGUUUCUAAGCGUCAGAUAGAAAUCACCUUGCAAUUAGUCGUACAGUCUGAAGUAGUCCACCGCAGUUUCAUUUGUCCUGGAAACUUAAACUGACUAUCUGUUCAUUCAACCGGGUGGAUCGAUCAGGGCCAGAACUUCACCAUUUCCCUCAACCAGCAGAUUAAGUACUUCAAAGGAAUCACUCAUCGGCUGAGGACCCGAAUUGGCGGCGGCGCAGCCGACCGCUUCCUUUCCAAGUCCUUAUUCUUAGUCAGCACGGGAGGCAAUGAUAUAGUCGGUUACUACGCUAACUUCGGACUUAAGAAUGAGACCCAAAAUGAGGCGUUCAUCGGGCAGUUGACAGGCCAGUUUAGAAACCAGUUGGAGGUACUCUCUCUCUCUCUUCCCUCAUCUCUCCGCCUAUCUACCGCGAAUUGUGUAUACGAUAGUCGCUAUAUUUAAUGGAACCCGACCAUGACAGACGCUGUACGAUCUCGGAGCAAGGAAAUUCGCGGUGCUAGGCACCACCGUCAUCGGCUGUAUCCCCAGUCUACGCUUGCGCUUCGGCGGAGGCAAAUGUGUAGAAGAAAUAAACAAUCUUUCUCGGCAGUUCAACAAGGCCACACAGAUCGUCCUGCGUGACCUCGCCUCAACGUUGAAAGGCUUUUCCUACUCCUUCAUCAACACCUACGACUUCAUCUCCCUUGUCUUCUCCAAGCCGCUUAAUUAUGGUAUGCGCAUCCCCGCUUAUCUUCCUCUUCUAACCGACCUUCUCCGGAUGGCUUUGACGUCGUCUUCUCGGCCUCUUCGAAGGGUUUACGGACAUCGUCUCCGCUUGCUGCGGCUCUGGGAGAUUGAACGCCGAAUCAGAAUGCAGGUCCAAUUCGACCUAUUGCUCCAGCAGGAGCAAAUAUUUCUACUGGGACCUGAACCACCCCUCCCAGGCUGGUUACAAGCUGAUCGCCCUCGCGGCGUAUCGUGGGCGUCGGUACGCCUCACCCGUGACCAUCAAGCAGCUGGUCGGUCUUUGA